CUUCUCAAGAACGCGCAUCAGGGUCUCCGAUGGCUCUUCCACGCUGGUCUCCGAGGCCAGCAGGCCUUCCCCGUCCUCGCACUCGAGCCUAGUGUCGUCGAGGACUCGAUCAAGGGUGGCAAGGGCUCACCCACGCCUAUGUCGUCCGUCGUUGGCCCGUUGCUCAAGGACCUCGAGCCGCACUCCGCGAAGACGAACAAACACCUUCCUUCCAACUCUCAACUUCACAUCUCCCUUCACAACGGCGCGAAAGCCUUCGUCGUCACUGGUCCUCCUCGUGCACUUUACAGUCUCGUUACCAGCCUCAGGAGGGUCAAGGCCCCGAGUGGCGUCGAUCAGAGCAAGACGCCCUUCUCGCAGCGCAAGCCGGUCUUCUACGUCCGUUUCCUCGCUGUCGGAGUCCCAUACCAUAGUGAGCACUUGAAGGAUGCGGUGAACAAGCUCUGCACGGAGGAUUUGAAGGACGAGGAGUUGUGGGACGUGAAGGACCUGAAGAUCCCGGUAUUCCACACCGAAGAUGGUACGUUUCUAUCGAUUCAUUUUUUUUCUCGUUCGAGUACUGAUUGA